GCGCCUCCGAACUGCGUGUUCGAGGUCGACGAUUUAGAAAAGCCAUGGACCUGGUCUGAGCCCUUUGACUUCAUCUACUGCAGAAGUAUGGACGGCGCAUUUGCGAACAAGGAAAGGAUGAUUAGGAAGAUCUACACUGGCUUGACUCCGGGAGGUCAUCUUGAAGUCGCGGGACUCGAAUUGCCGCCUGGUUGCGACGAUGAUUCGGUUCCCAAGGACUCUGACCUGUGGAAGUGGCACGAGCUGCUGCAAGAAGCCGCGACAAAGAUCGGACGGCCGCUGGAGAGCCUGGCCCACAACAAGGCGGACCUGGAGGAUGCUGGCUUUAUCAACAUUGUCCGUAAGGACUACAAGCUGCCUCUCAACACCUGGCCCGAGGAUCCCGAUCUGAAACAUCUCGGACAGUGGCAAUUUGUCAACCUCAAUCUUGGUCUCGAGGGGCUAUCUCUUGCUCUUCUCACCCGUGUGUUGGAAUGGUCUAGGGAAGAGGUUCUUGCCCUAUGUGCCGGCGUUCGGAGGGAUUUGAAGGAUAAGAGGAUGCACGCUUACUGGAAGAUUCACGUCGUCUAUGCGCAAAAGCCCGAGGAUGCUUCUGAUUCUGAGCAGUCGCAGGAGUGA